CACGUAAGCUACUACCACAGCCUAAGCUAAGCUCGCCUUGGCCUCGACGGGGUCAGUGAUCAGUGCGUGUCACCUACCACAUGGCGGCGAGCCAGCUCCUCGCCGCCGCCGUCGCCGCGGCGGUGUUCUUGGCCGCGCUGCUCGUCCCGCCGGCGCGAUGCCAGCAGCAGCAGGUCGCCACCCCGCCGCCCGCGUCCGCCACGCCGCCGGUGCGGCUCCCGCCGUCGGCGCCGCCGCCGCUGGUGGGCGUCCCGCCGGGGGUUCUCAUGGCCAGGAUCGACGCCGUCCGCGACGAGCUCGCCGCCGAGGUGCAGGCCAAGUACGGCUUCUGCAUGGCCAACGUGCAGGAGGAUUUCACCCAGGCGUUCAGCUUCUCCAACGCCAGCUUCGUCUCCGACUGCAUGGAGGAGACGCAAGGGCAAAUGACUGGAAUGCUGUGCGGGAAAGCGGAAAUAGAAAUAUAUGUCAAAAGCUUGGGUAAAAAGCCCAGCACGAGGGUUAGUAGGAACUGUGACCAAAACUCAUGGGCACUAGGGUGCCAGCCUGGCUGGGCUUGCGCAAGACAGGAUUCUAGUUCAUCAGGACGAGAGGUUCCAUCCAGGGCGGUGAACUGCAGGCCAUGCUGUCCAGGUUUCUUCUGCCCUCGUGGCCUGACCUGCAUGAUACCUUGUCCUUUGGGUGCUUAUUGUCCUCUAGCGACAUUGAAUGACACUACUGGCCUUUGUGAUCCGUACUCUUACCAAAUAACUCCAGGAUCGAACACUGCAUGCGGCACUGCAGAUUCUUGGGCAGAUGUGAUUACAACUGAUGAUGUCUUCUGCCCUCCAGGGCAUCACUGUCCAACAACAACCCAAAAAUUUAACUGUACUGAGGGGUACUAUUGCCGUAAAGGCUCCACAGAGGAACAUAAGUGUAUUUGGAAAAACACAUGUAAGGAAAAUUCAACAAAAGAAGCGACGGCUUUAUUUGGUGGUAUAUUAAUUGUUAUCUUGAGCGUUGUUUUACUACUGGUGUACAACUGCUCUGAUCAAUUCAUCAAAAUUCGAGCUAAAAUAUUGUCCAAAUCUCGUAGAAAGGCUGCAACGAUUGCACAAGAAUCAGCAACAGCACGUGGAAGAUGGAAAUUAGCAAAAGAACUUGUACUAAGUCAUGAGUUAGAAAUGUCUGAGUCCGAUCAAUUAGCUGCAUCAUCUAAUGAGGCACGGCAUGCUACUGAAGGUAAUGGUAAGAGAUCCAAAAAUCGCAAAAAGCUAGCACAUGCACGCACUGAAAGGUUCAGGCGUGCCUAUAGUCAAAUUGGUAGGGAAAGAGUUCUGCAGCCAGACAAUGAUAAAAUAACACUAUCUGGAGUAGUGGCUCUAGCUGCUGAAAACAGAUCGAGAAGGCCAAUGUUUGAAGUGGUUUUCAAAGGUCUAACACUGUCCAUUGGAAAAAAGAAACUUCUGCAGUGUGUUACUGGAAAACUUUCACCAGGUAGGGUAACAGCCAUCAUGGGUCCUUCUGGAGCAGGAAAGACUACUUUUCUCAAUGCUGUGUUAGGUAAAACAACUGGAUAUAAGAAGGACGGGUUAGUUCUUAUAAAUGGAAAAUCUGGAUCAAUGCAGUCAUAUAAGAAGAUCAUUGGUUUUGUGCCACAAGAUGACAUUGUCCAUGGGAACUUGACGGUUGAGGAAAACUUGUGGUUUAGUGCGUGCUGCAGGUCAAGCAAAGGCAUGUCAAAAUCUGAUAAGAUUAUAGUUCUUGAACGGGUUAUCGGGUCAUUAGGGCUUCAAGAAAUCAGAAAUUCCCUUGUUGGAACAGUGGAGAAGCGGGGUAUUUCCGGAGGACAAAGGAAGCGUGUAAAUGUUGGAAUUGAAAUGGUUAUGGAACCUUCUCUUCUUAUUUUAGAUGAGCCAACUACAGGCUUGGACAGUGCUUCCUCUCAGCUACUUUUAAGAGCUCUUCGUCAUGAAGCACUCCAAGGCGUAAAUGUUUGUGCAGUGAUUCACCAACCAAGCUAUACUUUGUUCAACAUGUUUGAUGACUUUGUUCUUUUGGCAAGAGGUGGUCUUAUUGCUUACCUUGGACCUAUAAGUGAAGUUGAAACAUACUUCUCAAGCCUGGGGAUUAAGGUUCCUGAGCGUGAGAAUCCUCCAGACUACUAUAUUGACAUCUUAGAGGGAAUAACAAAAACUAAAAUGAGGGGACAUGCUGCUCCUAAACACUUGCCACUUCUUUGGAUGCUACGUAAUGGAUAUGAAGUUCCAGAAUAUAUGCAGAAAGAUCUUGAGGAUAUCAAUAAUGUUCAUGAGUUAUAUACUGUUGGAUCCAUGUCUAGGGAAGAGUCUUUUGGUGAUCAGUCAGAGAAUGCAGAUUCAGUGCACCAAAAUGUCAGGGAACCAUACAGUUUACUUGAUAGGAAAACACCUGGUGUACUUGCACAAUACAAAUAUUAUUUGGGGAGGGUAACUAAGCAACGCCUACGUGAAGCUACACUACAAGCUGUUGAUUACUUAAUAUUGUGUAUCGCCGGCAUAUGCAUUGGAACAAUUGCUAAAGUUAAAGAUGAUACAUUCGGUGUAGCUUCAUAUGGAUAUACCAUAAUUGCAGUCUCGCUGUUAUGCCAGCUUGCAGCACUGCGGUCAUUUUCACCAGAAAGAUUGCAAUAUUGGAGGGAAAGAGAAUCUGGCAUGAGCACUCUAGCUUAUUUUCUUGCAAGAGAUACAAUUGACCAUUUCAACACCUUGGUGAAGCCAGUUGCCUUCCUCUCGACAUUUUAUUUCUUCAACAACCCACGUUCUGAAUUUAAAGACAACUAUUUGGUGUUUUUGGCACUGGUUUAUUGUGUAACUGGCAUAGGUUAUACUUUUGCUAUUUGGUUUGAGCUCGGAUUAGCUCAAUUGUGUUCUGCGUUAAUACCUGUGGUAUUGGUUUUGGUAGGCACUCAACCAAACAUUCCAAACUUUAUAAAGGGAUUAUGCUAUCCCAAAUGGGCACUAGAGGCUCUCAUUAUUGCAGGAGCAAAAAAAUAUUCCGGCGUGUGGCUGAUUACUCGAUGUGGAGCACUGCUAAAAGGUGGUUAUGAUAUCAACAACUUUGUUCUUUGCAUCGUCAUUGUCAUGCUCAUGGGGGUACUCUUCCGGUUUAUCGCUCUGCUUAGCCUGUUGAAGCUAAAAUAGAUCAGGGCAGGUAAAAACAAGGGUUGUGUUUUGUUGUCUUGAAGAGUACAGAAGAGUGAAGAAUAGAGGAAGGUUCUGGAAUUUGUACAUAAGAUUACUGCAAUGAUAGCAUUUUUGUACAGAUUUUUACAAAUUUGCACCAUCAAUUUUUCUUAUAAUUGGAACAUUAGUCCAUAUUUUUUUGUAUAUACUAUAUAGUGCACAAAUAAGACUGUUAUACAUGUAAAUUUGUCAUUGCCCUAUUCAGUGAUAAAUAAAUUUCGGCUCAUCUGCUUUCCCUCAA